UAGUAAGUAGUUGGUGAUUUCUGUGGUCGCCUUCCCUGUAGCCGUUCGAGCUUAUCUCGUCUUUAAUGACAUUAGUUGGGACUCGAGCCUCGGCCAAUAAUCAGCAUGAGGAUGCGAACGGACGCUGUCUCUGGCUGACUGACUCUAGCUCUCACUGCCAAUAACGCAAACGCUAGUGGCGCGAACAAGUUGUCAGGCGUCGCGUGUUUAACCGAGUUUGGUCUUGCGUUCAGACAGGUUCAGCCCUUGCAACGGCCACAUUUUGGGGUACUUCUUAUUUGCCGCAGGGACAUUGCAAUCACUGUGCUUUUUUGGUUGGGGAACGGGGAAUAAUUUGUCUUUAGCUCGAAGGUGCGACUGCGACGUCCCUGGUCAAGUUAAGAUGGCAAGUGAAAACAACCAAUCUCCUGCCUUAGCGUGGCAAGUUAAGCGUUACAGCCGUCGAGAAGGAGCAUCCUGGGUGCCAGUGGAUGACGGUACAGGCUCCUUUACUUUACUUGCUAAGGCAGGUCAGCUGAUGCUCAUUCAAAGUGGAAUUGUUCUCGAGUCCUUGCCACUCAGCAACCAUGAUCAAAUGCAUGGCAUUAUGAAAGGUGAUACUCUCUUGGUUGCAGCACGCCGCCAGGCAGCUGCACGCAAGUUUAAAAUUCGUUUUUCCUCAAUCCAAAUAUCUGAAGAUUGUGUAAAAUAUCUCCAGGACUUUUUUCCUGUUAAAGUUAUGACAAAGCCUGAAGAUAAUGUUCCAAUACCUCUUGGUCAAAUGUAUCAGCAUUUGAUGCAGGCGAAACCAGUGGAUUGUCUUCCAAGCCCUGAUCCUAUACCAGCUUCCUUCCCUCUCGAGGAAACACUGCAUAUGUGCAUUUUGGACCCCUCAUUUCCAGAAUUAGUUGGAAGAGUCGCAAGUAUCUUAUCUAAUUUUGAUAUUGGAAAGGAAAAUAAUUAAGAUAACUGAAAUUUUACUCAUAAAUUCAUCUUAUUUCAAAUACAUAAAGUAAAUAUUUGUGAAACCAUGUAGACAUUAAUUUCUAUCCUCGAACGCCUUAAAAAAGUUUCCAGUUGUUGGACCAGAUUCCAUGACCCUUUUAACUUGCUCAUUUAGAGAAGUGUUAGAAAUAUAUGACCUUGCUGGCUUCUG